ACGAUCGACGACGUCAUCGAUCGGCGUCUCCACAUUAAAAUGGCGGCCGCGGAGAUCCAAGUUGUAAAUCCAUCAAAUUUAACAAAAAUAGAAAGUUUUCUCAAUGAUCCUAGCUAUAAAGAAAUUAUUGAAAAUUCGUCUACAUUUAACUCCCGAUUAUGUGCCGAAAGGAGAAUGCGAAUGCCAUUUAUCGACACCCAGACCGGUGUCGCACAGAGCCAUUCAAAUUUAUUCAUGACCAGAAAACAAAGAAUGCCCGGAGCAAGAGAAGGACAGCUCUACACAUAUCCUUCACAAAGAUGGAGAAAAGCACGUCGCCAAUAUUUAACAAUGUCUUCGACGAGGUGGGGCUGGAGUGCUGUAGACGCAGCAGAAAAUGCAGGUGAAGGGGAAAACAGUUCCGGUAUUCCAGAUGGACUCAUGGGGGACGACAGUAGAGAUGGAUCACAGAGUGCCGCUAAAGAUGACCCUAAGGAAUGGUUCUACGACGAGCUAGCGAUGGAAGAGAUGGAGACGGGCGAGGAGCCCGAUCCGGAGUCCGACGAGGACUACUACGAUGACACGUACGCCAACCGGCGCAAGCGGCGUGGGGCCGCACCCACCGGGCCCGGCUCGCGUGGUGGGCGGGUGCGCAAGCCAAUGCCGGACGACACGCCUGUCAAGCGCGGACGAGCGGGUCGUGGACGUAAACGCGCCGGUCAAGGUACGCUCUUACCCUACGAGGUUCCCGGCGAUAGUGAGAAACCUUUUGGAUGUGAACUUUGCGGCGCCAAGUACAAGACGCGGCCCGGCCUCACGUACCACUUCACGCACACGCACAAGGAGCCCGGCGGGGCCCCCGCGCCCGGCAGCGACAACGACUCGCGCGACAGUCGCGCCGCGCACUCGCCCUCCGCCGUCGUGCCGCCCGCCACCGAGUACCAGGACAGCUACGUCACCUUCCUCAACAACCCCGCCGGCACGGGCGGCUCCACGGCGGCCAGCUCCCCGCCGGCGGGCGGCCCCGCCCCCGCGGCGCCGGGCGCGGCCCCGCGGCGCGCGUCCCCCCCGCCGCGCCCCGCGUCCGCCGACACGUCGUCGUCGGACUCCGCGCACGCCCCGCUCGUGCCGCCCGCGCCCGCGCCCGCGCCCGCGCCCGCCACCAGCGCCGCCGACCUCAAGGAGCCCGACACCAAGGAUGUUCAACAGGCCUCCCCCUCACCAUACUGCGACUUCUGCCUCGGCGACGACAGGCAGAACAAGAAGACGGGCACGCCCGAGGAACUAGUGAGCUGCUCCGACUGCGGACGGUCAGGUCACCCAACCUGUCUCCAGUUCACGGUGAACAUGAUCGUGUCGGUUCGCAAGUAUCGAUGGCAGUGCAUCGAGUGUAAGUGCUGCUCCGUCUGCGGGACCAGCGACAAUGACGACCAGCUGCUGUUCUGCGACGACUGCGACCGCGGCUACCACAUGUACUGCCUGGCGCCGCCGCUCGACACGCCGCCCGAGGGCUCGUGGUCGUGCGCGCUCUGCCUCAAGGAGUUCCACUAGCAGAUGUAGAGAGAGUAUUAGAGGGGGGGGGGGGAUACGGUGUGGCUGUUACGUACAACUUGUUGUUCCGGUUUCUGUCGCGAUAAGUGAUUAAUGUAUAGACGAUGUUGCCAUAGAUUAUAGAGUAGGGUAGCGCUUAGUGUGGAUUUAUAAUCGACGUGUAAAAAAGAAACAUUAUUAUUAACACGAUAAGUUUUUUUUUAUAUUUAUAUGUAUUUUUUGUACAAACCAAUGAUUAUUAUUUUUUUUUUUAUUUUAUUUAAGUAGUAUAGGAGUCAAGGAAAGGAUUACGGUAAUUUCUUUAUUUUUCAUAUAUGAUAAAUCCACAUUAAGAUUUAAAUUUAUAAAUUUCUUGCGUACUCUAAAUGUGAAAAAAAUCACAUCUAUAAAUAGUUCUUUCUACCUCUACCGGUGCUUGCUUUAGCUGUUUUUUUUUAUGUUCCAAAUUCGCCACAACUGCCCAUGAAAUAGGACUUCAAUUAUUUAUUAUGAUUGCCCCGAUAGUGCUAAUACUGUUGUACAUAACUGAAUUAAAACUAAUUUGAUACGAAUAAAAUUUAACGUGACCUCAUAUAGCAAUUAUAUUAUAUUGAAAAUUAAAAUAACUGCUAGGAGUGUAUAGGCCACAUCAGCGUUUUGUGUAAAGGCAGUCCAGUCUGCCUGCCUGCUGGGGUCGCAAUCCACUUGUGACGUGAAAAAUGACAUAAUCCAACAAUAAAUUGAAUUCCUUCUCUUGUCAAAUUAGUAUAGAAAUUGUGUACAACAGAAUUUGCAACAAUGUUUAGUAGAAAUGACUAAAUAAUUAAUUAUUAAUUUAUAAAACUCAUUUAAAACUCGAAGGAAUCAUCUCGAUUGUUUUUCUUGUCUCAUCCGACAUCUUUGUUUUGUUUUGAAAUUUGAAUUAAAUUAUGCUGCUCUAACAUAAUUUAGGAUUUAUCGAAAUAUUAAAUGAAAUUUGAUAAUAUGAAAAAAAAAUCAUAAGAAAUUGAUAUUAUGAAUGAACGAUAAUUCAAUUCUUAUGAAUGGAAUAUUCAUAUGUACAUUUUCGGUGAACUAGUUAUCAGUAAAAAAAAAAAAAACAAUUUUAUCUUAAUUUAAACUUUCGGCCUUGAAUUAACGUCGUUUAGUUAAACGCUGUUUCGUUUCUUUCCGUCAUUAUAUAUUUUACAGCAGAGAGAAGAAGACGCAGCAUUGUAUAACAAAUCACCGCCUAAACAAUGUUUAUAGGUUAUGUUUUUAAAUUUAAAAGUACACAAUACAGUACAAUCGUUGUAUAUAUAAAGAACGCCUCGACAAUUAUAUUAUGUAUAAGCAUUCCAUGAUAGAAGCACUAAAUAUUUUUUUAUAUGAACCAUAUGAAAAUUAUCGACCUAACUUACAAACGUCGUUUAGCGGUGAUUAGUUAAACAAUUCUGUUCUCUUCUGUCGAAUGUCAAAUCAAUAAUGAUAGAGCGAGAAAGAGAGAGAGAUCGGUGUUUAACUAAAUAACCGCUUAGGAACGUUUAUAAGUAAGGCCUUGAGUUUUUAUUUUAAACGAUAGAAUAUUGUGUAACUGAAAUUUAAACUUUAAUUAGAGUUUAGGGGGCGUUUGUGUAUUACGUUUUUCUAUUAUAUUAAAGGGGGGCAAACGAGCAGGAGGCUCACCUGAUGGAAAGUGACUACCACCGCACAUGGACACCUGCAACAUUCGAGUGCUUGCAGGUGCGAUGCCGGUCUUUAAGGAAUGAGUACGCUCUUUCAAUUUAUCGGUUAUUUAUACAUUAUUUUUUAGUCUAUGAGAAUAUAUCUGAAAAUCUAUGAAUCACAUCAAAAUCAAUCAUCGUUUUACCUUAUACAAGAAUUUCAUGUUCGGUUGUUACGUUAAUAGUCUAAAUUCAAAGCGGGUUAUAAUGCAAAACGCAGCUGUUAAUAUAAUAAUAUUAUAUACUAAAAUUUUCUCGGAAAAGUGCAAACAAACAAGGUAGGUAACAGUAAACAAGGUAGGUAGAAGUCAAAAUAAGGAUUUCUUUAUUUUUAAAAAGCUAUUGGUUUUUUUUUAAUAUUUUCAAUAUUAUUGUAAGUUCAAAUUUCUCCCUUCUCAAAUUAAUACCUGAACGCCCCCUAAGUGGACAAUUACUUUUGUAAUUUCUACGAUAAUUUCGUAUGAAGAAAUUUUAUUGCAGUGACCUGAUCAUACAAGCAGUAUCGAUGUAUAAAAUUAUAUUUUAAGCAUAUAAUGCCCUAUUUAGAGAUUGAGCCGAACAUUGAAAAAAAAGUUUUAUAUCGUGUCGUUAAAUAGCUUGCUUAAUUAAGCCAGAUUACGAUAAUCAAUGUAAAUAAUGUAAUAAAAUAUCUGAAACAGUGCUUUGUAUCGAAACAAUGUUUACCACAGUGUGGUACCGGCAUAAGAUGGUAGCACACUUCGGCUGAUCGAGUAUUUUUUUUAUAAUAUCAAAGCGCAUAAUUACGAAAUUUAAAGUGCUUAACUGACUUAUUAUUAUUGUAGCUAUGCGCGCGUUUUUAAAACUCUGAUUAAAGUUGGAUUAACUGACUUUAGUAAUCUGAACUGCUAUUGGUCAGUUGGUGUCUGUGACGUAAUAUACGACCAAUGAGCGUUCAGUGUACACCGCUUGUCGUUUCAUAAUAGCGUCACUAUAACAUUAUUAUAAACGUGAAAAUAUCGGUAUACGAAACGAGCCAUAAUAAAUGUUUGUGAAUAUUUUUAGUACAGUGGACCGCAUAUUGAAAUUGAUUGCAUUAAAAAGUAAGCUUUUGCAAAUAGAAGCGUAUCCAGUUUUUUUUUAUAGUCGUGUGUAAAUAUUGAAUAGUGAUAAAUCUCGGUGAUUUUAUCGGAAGCGAUAUACUGAAAUUAAAAGUUCUAUUUCGAGAAACGUAGUAAUAUAAUUCUUGUAUAGAUAUUUCUCUACUGAUAUCGGCGUCUGGUUAUAAGUGAUUGGUUCUGUACGGAGGAUUUUGUUUUUCUUUUAUUUUUAUUUUUUUUUGUUAACCGUACUACCAGAUUGAAGGAGAAAACACAUUUUGAAUCGAAAUUAAUAUCGAGUGGUACGUUUUUAAGCUAAAGAUAUAUGUAGCUGUGUGUUUAAGCUUUAUUAAAAUAUUUAUGCUUUGUAUAUAAGUUUACUUUAGAUUAAAACGUAUAAAAUAGUUGGUUUUUAUGACUGAUUAAAUAUUUUUAUUAUUUUUUUAAUAGUAAUCAUUACAUAAAAAUGACUAAACAGAUUAACCGUAAUUCGUAUUCCGACACGAAACAAAAUCCUUUAUAAAUCAAUAUAUUGUAUAAUAAAGCAUUUAAAAAAAAAUUCAAGACGAAAUCUUGAAAUAUCAUAUUUAAUCAUUUGAUUGAUUAAUUUCUAUAUAUAUAUUUAAAAACAGUUUCACUCCGUACGGAACCAACGAUAGAUGUAAAAAUUGUGGUAAGUAAAGCUGUGAUCAGAUUAGGAGGUUGUGAUGGAAUUAGUGUGGGUUUACAAGAUUUUUUAUUGCUUUUUUUUUUGUAUUGUAAGUUCAACUAGCCGUAGGGGAUGAACCGAAUUUUGCUUUAAUUUUUCGAACAAUAUAUCCUGCCAGUCUCGACAUCUCAGCGUUACUUUAAUUAUUCAUGUUGUAAAUAACAUUGGAGAAUUGUAAAUUUGAUAAUUGUGAUUGAACUGCGAUUCGAACAGGCACUGUCUUGAUUUGUCCGAGGACAAAUAAUAUUUGUGUUAAUAUUUUGAACAAAGUUGAUCGGAAAAAAAAUCCCGGUCACGAUAAUAUAACUCAUAUGAGGCCUUGUAUGUUUAUUUGUACAUGAUUAUCAAAUUUAUAAUCUGUAUGUUCAAGUAAUUACACUUAUUCGGUAGCGCGUUACAUCGUAACAUUACAUACAUACAAUAUGCCAAUGGCAGGAGCAAUAAGGACAGACAAACAAUAGAUUUGUAUACUAUAUUAGCUAAAAUACGCACGAAAAACACUUUUAAUUAAUGUUUAAUUUAUAUUGCAACACUUGUCCACUUAACUGACAAAACAAACGUAUCCAUAGACAAUAUUUUUUAUAGAUUCCGACGAAUUUGAUGUCAAUUGAAGGUCAGAGUUUUCUAUUUAUCAUUACUCCUGCCAUUGGAAUCGGCUAUACGUAUAAAAUAAAAAUACCUUUAAAUACGCGCUUACUUAAACGAUAUUGUUACUUAAUUAUGUACCUAUAGCAUUAAUCACUAAGAAAAAAUGUUUUGUACAAAUCGACAAACUUGAAAAUGCGUCACUUCGUAUUGUAACGAAUAUAUGUUUAAAAAUAUUGGUUGUUUUUUUUUUAAUAAUCGCCUGCAAUUAUUAGUUAUUUUAAUUAAAAUAUCUUGUCAUUGAAAUACUUAGAUGCAAUGUGACUUAUAUGUACUAUGGCGUACAUAACUCUAUGGUGGAUUAUUACUUUUAGCUUUUUUUUUUUUAAUAAACGAAUGCUAUAAAGUUUUGUCUGUCGGUGUCGUGUCUUGAAUCAUGUUCGAUGCCUGCUCUUUCCAAUAUUUUUAUGGAGUUGUUAGUUAUAAUUGUAAAUUAAGAUUUCCAUCCCGUAUGUGUCAUAACUAAGUGUGGUGACUUAACAAAUAAAAGUUAAAACUAUUCGA